AUGGGCAAAGGAUCAGCAAAAGGAAAAGCAAAGGCGAAAAGUACAGCGAAGGACAACGAGCGCGAGAUUUACAAACGCUUGCACUCAAAGCUGACCUACCUGAGGAAGGGCACUGGUGAAAACGCAGAAGCUGCUGAGGCGGCAUUCCAGAGGUUGAACGACCCGGCUCACCGGGAAGAACUGCUGAGCAAGUUUAUGGAGGAUCACAAGUGCACAUGGCUCAGCAGUACCGAAUGCAAGGAGACACGCUCCAACACCUCGAUGAAUCUCGAGAAUGACGAGUGGCUCAACCUGUUCCAAAUGAAGAAUGUCCUGGGCAUGAAGGACGUAUCCAACGCUGACCCCUUGCUUUUGGCCGAGCUUGGACGCUAUGAACAAAGAGACCAUCCAUGCCAGACCUGGAAAGAAGCUGGGAUGAAAGAGUACCAUUAUGUGAAGAAAUCCGGAUCGACCAGCUCAACUCACACUCAUGAUCACAGGAUUAUUCGCACCAUGGACACUUCCAAAGCAAAAGCUUUGAAGAAUGAUACUGAAGGUGACCCUCCAAUCAAAAUCAAUUGGCCAAAGGCCUGCAAAGCAUUGAUCAAGAACAUCAAGACUGAAGUGACCAAGGGACAGAAAGCAAUCACCAGCUCCAAGAAGAUUCGGGCAACCAUCAAGAAGAUGGAUAAAUUGCAUGACCUCUUGUCCAAGCUGGCCGACGCUGAGGGCAACUUCAAUGCGCGCUGCGAUGGAUGGCAGGAAUCUCUGAUGACAUUAGAAUCUCAGCCACACAAUGAAGAGACGCACCAAGGCUUGACCGACUUGAAAUCUGAUAUGACCAACACCACCGUGGCAUUUCAAAAGAGUGUGGACGGUGCUGACAAAGCACGGAAGGAAGCUGAAGAGCUGACCUCUGCAGCCGAGGGCUAG